AUGAGUCCUCAUGAGCCAGGUUCUGCGUCUGACCUCACCAUGGUCCGAAGCCGCCUGGACCAACACAAUCAAGCACUUGCGAAGGACGACUACGACGACACCAUCAACGACAACGGGAAACUGUUUCGAGAGCUUCCUACCUCAUGGGCGGUCCUUGUGCAUAAGGGCUACAUCGGCCUUGCGGUGUCUGCGCAUACCAUACAUCCGAAGAAGAAGCCUCGAUUCACGUUUGCCCUUACCAACUUCCACGCGACUUUGAUGCCCUUGCGCCUCGAGGACAAUGACCACUAUCGUGCUAUCAUGGCACGCUACAAGAGCAUGGCAGCUGAGAACACCUCAAAGACAGCCGCGAACCAACGAAGGUACCUACAGCGCCGUGCAGAGCGGUUUGCGCCGGAAGCUGCCCGCGCCAGCCGUACUUCGCGGGGCACAUUCUUGUCUCCCAUGGUGAGUGGCCGCCGCUGA